AUGACAAAUUCCGGAUCUUUACCAAGUCGACGAAAUCUACCGCGGGCCUCGCAUGCGUGCCAGAGAUGUCGCGCAAAGAAGGCGAAAUGCGAUCAACAGCAGCCUUGUGCUAAUUGUGUGAGACAUGAGUGGGAUUGUGUCUACGGGUUGAGGAGGAAGAAUGCGAGGGCGAGUACUGUUUCGGUGCUGAAUGAUGUGCAGCGUAAUACACCGCCGUCGCCAUUAUCCUCUUCGCGAAGUUAUUAUGAUGAGGCGCCACGAGGGAGCGAACCGCUGGAACAGGCUCAUUCAACGGGUCGUAUAGACGAUGGUGAUGUUGUAGGUGACAUCAAUCAGCAUACUCACGGCACAGAGUUCUACGGCACAUCGUCCAACUUUGUGCUUCUCAACCAAUUCUUCGUGUAUGCUCAGAAGAAUCUACCGCCCGGUCAACCAAACUCAAGCGGCAAUGCCGGCUUCCUUUCUGCCAACGCUCAAGAUGGUAGUGUCUUAGGACACGGCCUCGUCACACAAUCGCCAAUUUCCAUUGUCAACCUCCUUUCUGACCGAGGAGUCUUGGAACCUCCUUCAAGACCAAAGACUCCCCCAACACGAGCAGGUGCCCAUGAUGAAAUCCAAGCACGUUCGUCUCUUGAGACGAGACAAGGAACCGCGGGAUUUGAGGACUCGGUCCAUCGUGACCCUCCCGCAGCUACCAGCCAAAACAGAGCAUUCGCAGAUAACUCGCUAUCAUCAUCAAAGCAAAGGCUAGAGCGCGAAUAUAUCAGACAGUUCUUCAACAACCUUCACCAUCUUCACCCUAUGCUUGAUCCUAUUGCUUUCGCCAAGCAAUGCGAGGAGCUCGUCUGGAGCUCUCCAAGCUCCAUGGAAAGUAACAAGACUCAGCGUCAUUUCUAUGCCCUGUACCAUAUAGUCGUGGCUGUCGGUGCGAUCGUCGCUGGCUCUUGUAUCACUCAGGACUUUGAGCGCGACAUCGAUAUUUGCAUGAAGCUUCCGGCUCGGGGACAUGACUUUAACCCUUCUCGAUUAAGCCAAGAACUCUCGAAGAAGUACUUCCGGAAGUCCAGGAUGCUACUCGGGGAUGUCUUUGAAGUUUGCUCUCUAGAGAGCGCUCAGACACUUCUCCUCAUGUCUUUGUAUUGUCAGAAUUCCCUCAAACCUCACGCUUGUUACAUGUACUGCGGUCAUGCCGUCCGCACAGCACUAGCCAUUGGUAUCGCAAGAGAAACUCCAUCCAACUCGAUUGAGGAUCGCAAAGCAGCACGAAGAACAUGGUGGUGCAUUUACUCUCACGAGAUUGACAUGAGCUGCAGUGCAGGUCGUCGCGAUAGUCUUGGCAAACCUAGGAAUUACCAAAUCGAUCUGCCUCAUAUCAGAGGGCAAGAUGUCGCGAUGUCGAACCAGCCAGACCUGGAGAAUUGCAGUGCCGCCAUGAUCAAUGAGAUGGUCCAUUUCGCUGCUGUCCUAAGGCGCAUCUCAAAGGAACUAUACUAUGACUCUAAGGGUCUGACUUUGCAGCAGAAGUCCGCUGUUGCGAAGGAGCUCGAUCGCCUGCUUGACGACUGGAAGGCCAAGCUACCUAGUUAUCUGGACUUCACAGCCGUAUCGUUCCGUGAGCAAGAAUGGGCCGCUAAACAGAAGCUUGUACUUCAUCUCAGAUACCUCAACGCAAGAAUCGUUCUCCAUCGCCCUUUUCUCGAACAACCUAUGCUCACGGCAGAAGCUCACAUGUCUACUCAUGCUGAGCUAUGUUUGGAUGCAGCACGGAAGACGAUUUGCGUCAUGUAUGAUGCAUACGCAAAUCGACACUACUUCCGCACUUGGUGGUACAAUUCCACUUACACUUUGUACGCUGGGAUGAUCGUGCUGUAUAUCAUCAUGCUUGGCCCGACAGCCGUUGCAUCCGAGGACCUUCUCGCCGACGCUGUAAAAGCGUAUGAUAUUUUACAAUCAAUGGAGGAGGCUACUGUUGCUCGAAGAAGUGCGAGUCUGAUUCAGGAAGGACUAGAGGUAGCUCGAGCGUGUGUACAGCGGCAGCAGAGCAGGCCGGAUGGUGAUACUGAACCACCAAUCUUCGAUGGUGCACAGGGUGACUUGAAUAGUAUUGCAGAUCAGUUUUCGAGUGCUGUUUCGGGGCAGGAUCAUGCUUUGUUAGCUUCGAUCAUUGAUCCGAACCUGCUGCAAGAUUUCAUGGCGGCGGAUCAGGAUGCUCUAGGAUUGGGGUUUGAGAUGCCAUCUUUGGAUGGGUUGUAUGGUGAAGCAUUGGAUGUUGAUACUAUGUCAAUGAUGCCCUGA